AUGGAUCUUUGUCAAACUGCUCCGGGAACAAACUACAAGAGAACUUUUACUCCACAAAAAACAAUUACAAAAACCAUCAUCAAAAAACCAGAAUCGGCUAAAACUCCGAAGAAAGAGCCUGAAAAGACUUCGUUGAAGAUUGAUUAUUGCGACAGCUACCACCACCGGCAAAGCUCAGGCAGCUUAUCGGGAAAUGAGCGAUACAACAUGCUUGUAGAACGGCUAGAAAUGGAAUUCGAAGAAAAAAUCGAUCUUAUUUUGAUGACCAAAACAAGCGAGAGCUCCAACCGAGGAAAAUUUGACAUCUAUCUCGACGGCAAGCUUCAUCAUGAUUCCGUCGAGCAUGGUAUUCCUGGACCAAGUGCUAUUGAAAAUCUUAUAGAAAUUCUGCGAAAACGGCUUUCGAAAUAA